CAGACGCCGCCCCGCCGCCCCCGGUGCUGAUGGCCUCGUCAGCGAGCGGCACUGAAGAGGCGCGCGGCGCGGUGUCCUCGUCGGCGCCCACGCCCCUCAAGCUGGUGGGCCUGGUGUGCGUGUUCCUGGCGCUCUGCCUGGACGUGGGCGCCGUGCUGAGCCCCGCGUGGGUCACUGCUGACCAGCAGUAUUACCUGUCCCUUUGGGAGUCGUGCGCAAAAUCCGCCGGCGCGAGCGCGUGGCAUUGCAGCGGCACACUGAACACGGAUUGGCAGAUCGCAACAUUGGCACUGUUACACGGAGGAGCCUUCCUCAUCCUCAUCUCCUUCAUGGUGGCCCUGGUCUCUGUGUGCACGUGCAGCAGGAGGCGCUUCUACAGACCCGUCGCCGUCAUGCUGUUUGCUGCAGUUGUCCUGCAGGCCUGUAGCUUGGUUCUGUUCCCCAUCAAGUUCAUCGAGACGGUCAGCUUGCGAAUAUACCACGAGUUUAACUGGGGUUAUGGCUUGGCUUGGGGUGCCACCAUCUUCUCGUUCGGAGGAGCCAUCCUGUACUGUCUGAACCCCAAGAACUACGACGACUACUACUGACCCUGCUGCACGACUCCGCCCCUGUCCUUAACCCCUCCCCCACCGACACCCCUUUCCCAAUCCCACCAUUCCUAUAAGCUCAUGCACCAAACUUUUAUUUGCUUCCUAAGACACAAAAACAUGCAAACUGGGUGCAGAGCUCGUCCGAUUCCGGGUCCGGAUCUCACGUCUCACGCCACAAACGCCUCACGCCAACAAGCAUCAUCAUCAUCAUCAUCAUCAUCAUCGUCUGUUUAGGUUCUAUAAAAUUCCUUUACUAAAGUGUCAUUCCUUUGCAUCUGUUCUCAUCUCUCCAUCGCAUUUCCGACAUCGCUGAUCUGUCUCUGAUCUUUAAGCGGCAGAUUCACGGGGAGAUCUAUGGAAGCAGCCAUGUGUCCAUCCCUGUGGAGAGCUCCAUCUGGAGCAGGGUUUAGGAUUGGACCUGCUGCAUGCGCACACACACACACACACACACUUAAGCACAGAUCACACUGAGUGUGUUAGUGGGUUUCUGUAAUGAGAAAGCACAACACAGAGCAUAUGCUAUCCUUUGUUCACACUAGCAAGCGACAAAUCGCUCAUGGGUUUCCUAUAAACCGAAAGAUAUACUAGCUAGCUUGAUCUGCUUAUUGCUCUGUCCAAGCUUUAUAUUUCUCUCUACACAUUUAGCGAGUGGUGGUAUCUGUCCAAGAUGAGACGAAACCUCUGAGUUCUGAGAAAUCUUAAUUCAAAUCGUGUCUUUGCAUUUUGUAAAAAAACGAACAGCCUCAUGGCGCUUUGCGGCUCGCUUGUGUGAACACAGGACCCUGGUCUGAGAACAUGGAUAGCAUAAGAGGUUUUCAGAGUUCAGCAAGGUUGAGGAUGAUCAGAGGUGUUCCAGCGAUUCUAAUGCUUUAGUACCUCUUGGACAUCACGGUGCAAAAGUCUGAGUGCAAAAUUUUUUACCCCUUUUACACAAACGUAAAAAAAUUAUUUCCACAAGAGCUGAGAUGACAGGACUGUGUCUAAAACGAGAGCCCUCUCAGCUAACUAGCGAGUUUUACACUUAAAAAAAAAUCAAGAUGUCUUAGAUCUCUUCAAACAAACCUCGGUUUCUGUAAUGUUAGCUUGCUAGUUCAUAACAACUGUUAUCAGUAACUGAUAGCUAGAUAUAUUUUAGCAUAACUUUUUCUAACAUUGGGUAUUUGUUUAUAGAUCUAAAAAUAUCAAUUCCCUUAAUGUUAGCAGUUGCUAAUAUUUGUUAGAUAGCUAGCUAGCCACAUUUUAGCAUUUCUUUUAGAAAAUGGGACUUUUUUCCCUCUAAAAUUAGCCAGCUAGUUUAGCUGUGAGGCAUUUUGUCACGUUUGCUAACUAGCUAGGUCCUUUUGUAUUGGGAGAACUUCUAGCAAAUUUUCCUGGAUGUUAGCAAAUCAGUUUGCUUUGUUUUUGUUUAAUUUUGUUAGAUCUUUAUUUUAGUGUAUUCUGUAACAAAUGGGAUUUUUCUCUAAACAUUGAGUGCCCAGCUUGCUAUAUUUAUAUUUGAAUAUGCACUAAGGAAAGACAUUUUCUCUACUUAGCUAUCCAGACGUGCUGUGAGACAUUUCCUACAUUGUGUAAACUAGCUAGCUAGCUUUAUCAAUACAGGGAUAAGACCUACGGUACAUUUGUAACUAUAGCUAGCUAAAUUUCUGUGGAGGUUAUUGUUUGGGUGUAUCUCUUCUGCUCUGGUGUAUUUGUUAGCUAGCUAGCUAUGUGUGUAUUAGCAUAACCUCUAACACUUGGGAUUUUCUCUAGUUUGCAAACUAGAUUUGCUGUGAGACAUUUCCUAAAUUUUCUUUAGGAUUCUUUCUGUUAGAAUGAAUUUUCUCUAACAUUAGCUAGCUAAUUUGCUGUGGGCCAUUUUUUACUUCUUUCUAUCUAUCUAUCUAUCUAUCUAUCUAUCUAUCUAUCUAUCUAUCUAUCUAUCUAUCUAUCUAUCUAAUCUAUCUAUCUAUCUAUCUAUCUAUCUAUCUAUCUAUCUAUCUAUCUAUCUAUCUAUCUAUCUAUCUGUUAGUAGCAGUAACUUUUAGUGGUCUGGAUCAUCCUGUAGUUUGUUUCAUGUUAGCUUUUCCCUCCUGUUUUGUGUAUCUUAGCUAGCUAACUUUAUUGGAAUAUCCUCUAACUAGAUGGGAUUUAUUCAAAUGUUAGCUAGCUAGAUUUGCUAUGAGACAAUUUGAAUGUUAGUUUAUAGAUUUGUAAAUAGGAUUUUCUCUCAGGUUAGCUAGCAUGUUUGGCUGAGAGAUGCUAAUUGCUAACAUCAGCUAGCUUUUCUGGGGAUAUCCUAAAAUCUAUUCAUCAGAUUUUUUUCAUUUUCUUUUUUAAAAAGGAUUUUUAGUUUUGUUUCUUUUUGGUUACAUAUUAGCUAGCUGAAUUUUUAAAAACGUUUUCAAUCCUGUAAUUGCUGGGUAAUUUUUUUGUUACCUCACUAGAUUUGUAUGGAAAGAUUUUCAUGAAAAUCUUUUCCUCUACUGUUAGCUAGCUAGUUUGUCUGUGGGACAUUUGCUAGAAGUUUAUUUGCUUACAAAGAUUUAAUCUUGCUAUUUAAUACUGUGGGAUGUUUUUUGUGCUAAUUAGCUUGUUUGCACUCAGACAUUUGGACUUGACUGUAGGAGGAAACAGAGAUGACUUAUGAAAGGGAAUUUUAUUCUGUGAGAAACCUGGAGGUCAACUGGAGCUUGGUGUUUUUUGAUAUAUUACAGCAUAUUUUCACCAAAACUGUAGCUAAUGUCAGGGUAAUAUAAGAAGAUUAUUGGUUAGAGCAUGCUGAAUGGAGCACCAAUGGGUUAAUUAGCUUUUCUGGAAAUAACUGUGAGGUAAUUAGUGCACAUGUAAACAGUGCAUUCACUUUAUGAUAAGUGUGUGUUAUGGAAAUAUUAGGGCUAGCAGUGAAUUGUAUUGUUUUGUUUUUAUUUUUUUAAAUGUCAAUCCAGAAUCUGAAGCUACAGGAUCGGUUUUAGCAAAGACUGAAAUACAGCUAAUGCUAAAAUCCGAUUUGAUUAUUUUGCUGUUCAGAUUCUGGCAUGUUCAUCUCCCUCAGUGUUUUUUAGACUGUAGUCCUCUGUCCUGAGACUCGACUUCUCUUUUCUUCCAACUACAAAAGUGCGUUCAAACUGUUUAAAUGUGAAAAUUAUCAUCAAGUAAACAUGCCAGUGUAAAACUUCGUAAUAAAACUUCAGGAAAUAUUGAAAUUUUAAAUUUGGUAAAUUCAGUAUUUAAAAAUUAAACAUAUAAUUUAGAAUUUUAGCAGUGUGAACAAGAAAUAUUAAUUCACCUGCUUUCUGAGUGGAAGCUGUUUAAUUACUACUCGUGACUCAGUACUCAGAUCGAAGGUCAAGCCAAAAGAAUAUUUACUUACCAAAAAAUUUGUAAAAAAAAAAAAGAAAAAAGAAAAAUAAUAAAUUGGUAAAUGUUAGUUAUGAUGCCGUUAUAAACGCCUUACUCAGAGCGAGUUACACCAUUACUAAAUUGGUUUACUUUCAAACUAUCAUUUGACUAUCAUCUUGACUGUUGACAUGACUUGGACUCUUAUCUGGUGUAUUUGAUUGAUAUAUAUAUAUAUAUAUGCAUGCACCACUAAAAUUUUUAUUUCCUCGUAAACCUCAGGUUUCAAAAUCCCAGUUUCAAAAUUUUGCCAGAGUUUCCCAAUGUAAUCCCCGUCCAUUUUGAAAAAAAUCGAAACACAAAAAUAGACAAUAAAGUAAACUUAGAGGCAGCUGAUUGGCUAAGACGGAGCCAGUUGUUUGUUUGGAUGUGCGUCAUCAAAAAUAGUAUGGAUCUUAACUCUUCAGUGAAAUUCAUAAUAAAAACAUGAACAAAAUUCCAAUUCUGAUUCAAGAUGAUGCUACCCGAUCAUUUCUUGUCUGCCGAUUGGCUGAAAUGCCGUCAAAUGUUUACACUUCUGAAGGCUGCAUAAAUAUUUUCAAACUACACAAACAGGAAGUUAACGAGCUAAUUAAUUACUUAAUUUAGUGUUAAAGGCGGGUCUAGGGAAUAGCUAGGAAACAAUGACUACUACAUUUAAAGACUUUAAAACAAUCAACCAUAAAGGUCAAAAUAUUUUCAUUUCCAAAUCCUAAUGGCGCAAAACAUGAACUCUUUACUGCUGACACGAGUCAGCUCGUACUGCCUACUGACCAGAAGCACAAACACUGCCCCGACCCACUGGGUGACGAUUAAAUCAUCCACAACCACCACGUCAGUCACAUCUCCAUUCUGAUUAACUAGAACAGCACUUCUGACAGUAGCACAGCUGCACAUCACAGGUUCUAAUUAAUUCAUAUGUUUUAAGAUGUUAUUGUUUCCAUAGAAACAAGACAGAGCAGUUUAUGCCUUUUUUUGCGUUUUUUCCCUAACAUGACAAGCUGUGUCCCCCCCCAUCUUAUUAACUUGGAGACCGAUAAAAAACGUUGUUUAUAAUUUAAAAAACGAUUAAAAAUGAUGUAUCCCUUUUUAAUAAAAUGCAAUUAAUUAUAAUAAAAAAUCUCAUAAUUGCCAUCAAAUUGCAGUGGAACAAGAGGAAUAAAACCUCUUUUUUUGUCUGAUUGCUCAACAAAUGCACACACACAACUGAAACAUUGACGCACUUGGAGAAAAGAAACUGUAAAAACGUGUAGAAAAUGUGUGACGUUGUAGGAAACCUGUAGGUCUUGUGGUUUAACCGAGCCUUGCUAAUAGAUUAGCUUCUGAUCAAUAGCUCACCUGUCAAUCAACUAAUCUUACUGAAGUAUUAAUAUUCAACACUGUUAUGGUGGUGUAGAGGACUGUAUUUCUUAGCACUGUCCAUUUAAUGUGUGUGUGGCAUGAAACACCUUUUUUGUGAGUGCGUGUGUAUGUAUGUGUGUCUGCUGGGGGACUUUUCCCCCCCCUCAAAUCCCUAAAAUGCAGCUGUGACCUAAAUCUGAUUUCUAUACACUAACAAAAUAAACCAGUUUAAAAAAAUUAA